AUUCGUGAUUUAAAUUAUUAUUAUUUAUUACAAAAGGAAUUUUUUGUGCCGUAGAUAUUAAUGAUCAAUGGGCUAUGGGUACCUUGUCUAUAAAAAGAUUUCAAAUGACCCCCUGACCUAAUCAGGUCAUAGAUCAAAAGUCACGACCAUUUCAAAAUAACAAUAAUAAAAACUGACCUGAUUUGUGGGGCAUGUGGCUCAGCUGUUCGGCUUUUUUUUUUUUUUCCCUUUUAAUUGACGUGUAGCGUGAAAGUGCAAGGCGUGGAAAAUAGAAAAUGAUGGUUGGAAUUAUUGGAAAAUAUAGACCAUUUUGCUUUCAUCAUCUUUAUAAAACUAUCAAGUCUAAUCGGUUUUCUUCCAAGGCAGGGGAAUUAAAGAGAACAUGUCUUUAUGAUUUCCAUGUAGCAGAAGGAGCAAAAAUCGUUCCAUUUGCUGGUUGGGAAAUGCCUGUGCAAUACAAAUCUGGAAUAAUUAAGGAGCACCUUCAUGUUAGAAAAGAGGUUGGCAUUUUUGAUGUUUCCCACAUGCUACAGACACGAGUUGAUGGUAAAGACAGAAAGAAAUUUAUGGAAAGUUUGGUUGUUUUAGAUGUGGAAGAUUUGAAACCUAAUCAGGGCUCUCUAACUGUGUUUACCAACGAGAAAGGUGGAAUCAUUGAUGAUUUGAUAGUCAGCAACACCAGUGAAGGCUAUUUAUAUGUUGUUUCCAAUGCAGGCUGUGCAGAUAAAGAUAUGGCUCACAUGAAAGCCAAAGAAGCUGAAUUUCAAAAAAAUGGCUUGGAUGUUAAAUUGACAACAAUAGAAACAGCUUUACUUGCAGUACAAGGUCCCAGUAUGAAAAAGGUUUUACAACCUGGUUUGGAUUUUGAUUUGAAUAGUCUUCCUUUUAUGACAACUAUCUCUGCAAAAGUUUUUGGGGCAGAAGGCUGCAGAGUAACACGUUGUGGCUACACUGGAGAAGAUGGUGUUGAGAUUUCCAUUCCAUCCAAUUGUGCUGUUGAUGUUCUGUCUUCACUGAUGUCAUCACCUAAAGCUCCUGUUCAGUUGAUUGGUCUAGGUGCCAGAGACAGUCUUAGGUUGGAAGCUGGUCUCUGUCUGUACGGGAAUGAUAUUGAUGAGACAACAACACCUGUGGAAGCCAAUCUGACAUGGCUUGUUAGCAAAGGUCGCAGGGCAAAAGCUGACUUUCCAGGAGCUGAAAUAAUUCUUCAACAGAUCAAGUCUAAACCCACAAAAAGAAGAGUGGGCUUCACAUCUACUGGGAUACCAGUGAGAGGUCAUGCCAAAAUUUACUCUCAAGAUGGAAAAGAGUUGAUAGGUGAAGUGACCAGUGGAUGUCCGUCACCUUCCCUCAACAUCAAUGUUUCCAUGGGCUAUGUCAAGACAGCCUAUGCCAAGAAUGGCACCAAGGUCAAAAUUGAAGUGCGUCAGAAAAUGAUAGAUGCUGAUGUGACAAAGUUGCCUUUUGUUCCUUCUAAUUAUUUCAUUCCAAGCUAAUGCUUUUCUUUAUGAGUUAUAAUUUUUUUAAAAAUUAUAUUUAAUAAAAAUGAAUGUUGUCCCAAAUUUAAAAAAAUACUUUUUUUUGGAUCUGAUUUUUUUGGUUAUAACUUGGUGUUACUUUUACAAAAAUGUGUGUUUGAAUUGUUAUGAAAAAUAGAUAUUUCACUCAUUCAGAGUAUUACCAAUAGUAAUCAGUAUUGUUGAAUGAUGUUAUGAUCAAGACAUAUUUUGUCAUUGUUUCCCAGGUUUUUUCUAUACAUAGAAAACUGUUUGUGUUUGAAAAAUGUAAAAUGCUAAAAACUUGUAUGUGUACAUAGUAGAUCUAGGACUUCAGUAUUAAAUGUGCAUAUGAAUAAGCUUCAAAAGGAUAUACAUUAUUGAUACUAUUAAAUGUACAGAUAAGCUGAUGUGAAGUUUGUAUUUGGUCUAUGUUUAAUAUUAUAUUUCCUAAGCAAUAAAGUAGCAUUUUAAGACAUCUUAUAAAUUACAGGUAUAGAUCAACUUACAACCAUUGUGAAUUACAACCAUUUGACGUUAAGAUCCCAAUCACACCUUAAUAAAUCUAGAACAAGUAUUAAAUACAAAACGUCAUCCAAUAGUUGUGUAAAGUUCUUUAUUUUGUAUAUUUUGCAAUUAUUAAACCAGUUGCAAUAGUAAUGCAGUGUUUUAUUUCAACUAGACAAAUAGUUAUAAGAAACAAAGUGGUGUAGAGAUAAUACAAAACACAUUGUAUUAAAUAAAACAAAAAUUAUGACAUACCACAAAAAAAAAAACAGGAUAUUAUGACAACAUAAGCUUUUGAUACCUAUUUCUUAAACUGUAUUGUAUAGUGCCCUACUCUACUAGUUGAGCAUUAGUUGUACAAAAAAAGUAUUUCAUAGUUCAUCUAAGUAAAAACAAUAUGCUAUCCUUAUUAGGUAAAUUAAAUAUAGCAUUAAUAUAAUUAGUUUAAAAUGUCUUUCUUUUUUCCAAAAAUUCUGGAAACUACUGUCAUUAUUUUUUUUUCUUCCUUAUUUGAUAUUAUUGAAGCUUUCCAUUUUAGAAAAUUUUAUAUUCUACUGUUUCAUAUUUCAAAGUUCUUGUUAUUAAUACAAUGUUUACUAAGUGUAAUAGAGAUUUGUGCGGAGAAUAUGAAUGUUAUGAUCAUGCUUUGUUUCUACCUCUUAUUUUGUUUUUGUGUAAUUUUAAUGCAGUAAAUGAUUAAAUACAUCAUAUUGAAUUUAUUUAUUAUUAAAAAUAACCAAGUGGAAAUGUUUGUGUUGAAAAUAAAAGCAAAUUAUUUAAUGCAGAUUUAACAUUUCCUUUACUAAAUUGUUGUAUAUUGCCCUUAAUGACAAAUAUUUCACUGACUUACAUAAAUCCCUUGGCAAAGGGCAUGAAACAAUGUGUUACAGAAUGAUACUUUUAUUUCAAUUUUAUCAUAAUAAUUCAUAGCAAAUGAACUUUUUGAAAGAUUAAUGAAGCAUAAUAAAUAAUAUCACAUAAAACUGAGAGCAAUAUUGACAUGAAAAACAAAUGAUAUGACCUGACAUUUUGUGAAACACUUUACAAUCAAGGAACUGAUAGGACCUGACAUUCUGUGAAACACUUCAGACUCUAGGAACUGGCAAGAAUUUUUAAUUCUUACAUCUAAUUGAACUAAUGAUUCAAUACAUCCAUGUAUUUGUAUUCAAAUAUAUUACAGUGAAUUUAGUGUGCGUGACUGUUUUGAUCUUAUUUGAUCUAUUUGUAAUAGUAAACAUUUUACCAUUUGUUAUUUAAAUGCCUAGAAACAUUUUUAUUUAAUAAAUUAGAGAGUAAAUUCUUGACAUAAAAAAAAAAAAAA